AUGCCAUACAAAGAAGUUAAAGGCGACCUUUUCAAAAAUUCUGAUCAGACUGACGCUUUGGCUCAUUGCGUUUCCCAGGAUCUUCGCAUGGGCAAAGGAAUUGCGAAAGAAUUUAAAAAGAGAUACAAUGGCAUUUCCGAACUUAAAUCUCAAAAAAAAGAAGUUGGACAAGUUGCUUAUCUUUCUCGUGACAACCGUUAUAUAUUUUACCUGAUUACUAAAUCUAGUGUGUAUGAAAAACCAACGGAAGAGGAUUUUGAAAAAUCGUUGGUUGAACUAAGAAGGUCAUGCGAAGAAUUCGGGGUUAAAGGUCUAAGUGUUCCAAGUUUAGGAACGGGUCUCGACAAAUUGAGCUUGGAGUUUGUUAGAGAUGCAAUCAACAGAGUUUUUGCAGAGAGUGAUAUUAGAGUCACAAUGUAUCGUUUGGAAUUGUAA